UUCCCCCCCCUCACCCCCUGGGCGCUCGGCGGCCUCGCCGGGAUCCUUCGAGAAUCCCCGCCCCUCGCGCAUUUAACCGGGCCGCGCCGCCACUCCGCCACCCCCCGUCCUCAGCCAUGUCGGUGGUGGGCAUCGAUUUGGGUUUCCAGAGCUGCUACGUGGCCGUGGCCCGCGGCGGCGGCAUCGAGACGAUCGCCAAUGAGUACAGCGACCGCUGCACGCCAUCAUGUAUCGCCUUUGGACCUAAGAAUCGCUCGAUUGGUGCUGCUGCUAAGAGCCAGGUUAUUUCAAAUGCAAAGAAUACAGUACAAAGUUUUAAAAGAUUUCAUGGUCGUGCAUUCUCAGAUCCCUUUGUUCAAGCUGAAAAAGAAAGCCUUGCGUAUGAACUUGUCCAGCUGCCAACAGGCUCAACUGGCAUCAAGGCCAUGUAUAUGGAAGAAGAAAGAAACUUUACUAUUGAGCAGGUGACAGGAAUGCUUCUUACCAAAUUAAAAGAGACCGCUGAGAAUGCACUUAAGAAGCCUGUAGUCGACUGUGUGGUUUCGGUUCCUUGCUUCUACACAGAUGCAGAAAGGAGAUCUGUGUUGGAUGCUACACAGAUUGCUGGUCUCAACUGUUUGAGACUAAUAAAUGAAACAACCGCAGUUGCCCUUGCAUAUGGAAUCUAUAAGCAAGACCUGCCUGCUUUGGAAGAGAAGCCACGGAAUGUUGUUUUUGUGGAUAUGGGGCAUUCUGCAUAUCAAGUUUCUGUUUGUGCAUUCAACAAAGGAAAACUGAAAGUUCUUGCUACAUCAUUUGAUACAACCCUGGGAGGCAGGAAGUUUGAUGAAGUGUUAGUUGACUACUUUUGUGAAGAAUUCGGAAAAAAAUACAAACUAGACAUAAAGUCAAAGAUCAGAGCGUUGUUGAGGCUGUACCAGGAAUGUGAAAAACUGAAAAAACUGAUGAGCGCGAAUGCCUCUGAUCUCCCGCUGAACAUAGAAUGCUUCAUGAACGACAUAGAUGUCUCUGGAACAAUGAACAGAAGCAAAUUUUUAGAGAUGUGUGAUGGGCUCCUCGCAAGAGUGGAACCACCUCUCCGCAGCGUGCUGGAGCAAGCCAAGUUAAAGAAGGAGGAUAUCUAUGCAGUAGAGAUAGUUGGUGGUACCACAAGAAUCCCUGCUGUGAAAGAGAAGAUCAGUAAAUUUUUUGGCAAAGAAGUCAGCACAACUUUGAAUGCAGAUGAGGCUGUGGCACGAGGCUGUGCGCUGCAGUGUGCUAUUUUAUCCCCAGCUUUCAAAGUGAGAGAAUUUUCUAUCACAGAUUUGAUACCCUAUCCUAUUUCUUUACGAUGGAAUUCACCAGCAGAGGAAGGGUUAAGUGAAUGUGAGGUCUUUCCCAAGAACCAUGCUGCUCCAUUUUCUAAGGUCCUCACGUUCUACAGGAAGGAACCUUUUACUCUCGAGGCGUACUACAGUUUUCCCAAGGAGUUGCCUUACCCAGACCCUGCUAUAGCUCACUUCUUGGUUCAGAAGGUCACUCCUCAAACAGAUGGAUCCAGUUCAAAAGUGAAAGUCAAAGUUAGAGUAAAUAUCCAUGGUAUCUUCAGUGUUUCAAGUGCAUCUUUAGUGGAGGUUCAUAAAUCUGAUGAGAACGAAGAGCCUAUGGAAACAGAUCAGCAUGCAAAGGAGGAAGAGAAGAUGCAAGUAGACCAGGAAGAGCAACAGAAGACUGAAGAACAACAGCCUGCCCAACCAGAAAGUAAGGCAGAGUCUGAGGAAAUGGAGACGUCUCAGGCUGACUCAAAAGACAAGAAAGUGGAUCAGCCGCCCCAGGCCAAGAAGGCUAAAGUGAAGACAACUACAGUGGACCUUCCCAUCGAGAAUCAGUUGGUGUGGCAGAUAGGCAAAGACAUGCUGAACUUAUUCAUUGAGAAUGAGGGGAAAAUGAUAAUGCAGGAUAAGCUAGAGAAGGAGAGGAAUGAUGCCAAGAAUGCAGUGGAAGAAUAUGUUUAUGACAUGAGAGACAAACUCUGCAGUAUUUAUGAGAAAUUCGUUAGUGAAGAUGAUCGGAAUAGUUUCACGCUGAAGCUGGAAGAUACGGAGAACUGGCUUUACGAGGAUGGUGAAGACCAACCCAAACAGAUUUAUAUUGAUAAGCUGGCAGAAUUGAAGACGCUGGGUCAGCCUAUUCAGGCAAGAUUUCAAGAAUCGGAGGAAAGGCCAAAAGCGUUUGAGGACUUAGGGAGGCAAAUCCAACAGUACAUGAAAACUGUUCAUGCCUUCAAAGCAAAGGAUGAACAGUAUGACCACCUAGAUGAAGCAGACGUAGCAAAAGUGGAGAACAGUGCGAGUGAAGCUCUGGAGUGGAUGAACAACAAACUUAAUCUUCAGAACAAGAGGAGUCUUACACUCGACCCAGUUAUAAAAGCCAAGGACAUACAAGCUAAAACUAAAGAGCUGACAAGUAUUUGUAAUCCUAUAGUCACAAAACCAAAACCGAAAGUGGAGCUCCCAAAGGAGGAGCAGAAACCGACUGAACCGAAUGGACCAGUGGAAGGGCAGGGGGCAGCUGGCGAUGGGGCCCAGGCCGCUGAGCAGAAUGCGGCCCCAGCAGCCACCGAGAAGAAGCUUCCUGAGAUGGAUAUUGACUGAACAGCAGCGCUUGUUUAUACUACUGCAAAAGACAAUAAAGCUUUAAGUUGUCAACUUCUUAUGGUCUGAAUACAGAUUGGAGCAAGCGAAUACCACAGCACUCUUAGGAAUUCGUGGAGAGGUCAGUGCAUCAAGUUGGGACACUUAGGUAGCCAACUCCUUGGUCAGAGAGGCAGUAUUCUUGCAGCAGCGACUGUUUUUAGAAGUGUUGGUACUCUUCCUAGGCCUACAGAACCCGCCCUCGGCUCAUAGAUUCAUAAAGCAGCGGGUGGUGGCAUCACUAAGUUAUUCCUUGGCUUACCUUACAUGGUGGAUGGGCAGCCCAGGCUCGGUUCUUUUAUUUGACAUGUACAAUGGCAACUGUACGCUCCGGCUGGACCAUGAAUGUGCUCUUAGACACACAAGUGUGUUCCGAGCAAACUCCCUGGCUCAUUAGACCAUGUAAACUUCUGUCUCAGUUAAAUGAGCUGCUUGUAGAAAGAAUGAAUAGUGGUAUUCCAGCUAUCUACACCGACAGUCAAUUCUGACUUGUUCCCAACUCUUCCUGAGGGAGUGUGCUUGCUUCCACGAGGCCUUUGUUUGGGACGUGGGAUGGUUUGUAUUGUUUUGUUGGUUUUUUUUUUUCCCCCAGGAAAAGAAAAGACCUGAUGCAUUUGGCAUUUAUUUUUUUCUAUGAGCUUUAUACAAUGAGUUGCUUCUAUUUCCAAUUGUUAUUAAACCUGCAGACAUUAAUUUGUAUGUGUUGAAAUCCAAAGCUGGAACACCCGUUCAGAUAUUGCAAGAAAUAAAUGCACUGGAUUCUA